AUGGCUUCGCGAGAGUCGCGGGAGUCGCAGCACUCGCUGCUAUCCGAGGAUUCGAUCGACGCUCGACCCCAACGGUCUUGGAAUCCACUCAACAAUCGCCUAACCGACUCGGACUAUCACUACUAUGCCCCCUCGGACAGUACCAGCACCUGGUCCGAAGAAGUUCUGCGCGAUGUUGGUCUGGGCAUCUCGAACUCAUCAGGCGACACCUAUCCAGCAGAACUUCCGGCAGACAACCGCCGUUCAACCGAUAGUACCGCGACUACGACUCCAAAUACCUACAAGAUUCCCCAAUCUCCCGAGUCUCCGCAGACUCCACAGGCCCACGCCCACGUGCGGUGCCCCAAUCGAGCAACGGUUCUCCAGAAACGGCUCUCAUGGGUCCCGUUGACAGUCUUGGUUCUCGCUAUCUAUGCAACCAUCUUUUCGGGUAUCUAUCUCGGUAUUGCGCUGCGCAAGCCACGAUGGCCCGGUGUCUCCAGCGAUGGUCCGUUGGUUCCGUCUACAGCAACCUUGCUGAGCGCAUUCUUUGCGAAGACGAUCGAGUUGGCAUAUGUUACGAUUUGCGUCGCGUUUCUGGGACAGGUGCUUAGUCGGAGGGCCUUGAUGAGGAAUUCUCAAGGAAUCAGUAUCUCGGAUAUGAAUAUGAGGGCCUGGAUUAUGCAACCUGGAUCCAUGAUUGUGCAUUGGGAGGCGUUGCGAUACUCGGCGCUCACUUUCCUCGGGUCGGUUGCGUUGGUUUCGACGUUCGUGGCGAUGCUAUACACCACCGCGGCGCAAGCUUUAGUUGCUCCCAAGCUCUCUCUUGGUCCCAUUGAACCAAGGAUACUCCAGGGCAAGGUAACCGCCAGCUUCGCAAACCCCCAAUACAUCGCAUCAGCCUGCGAGACACCCGUCACCAACGACUUGGACCCCUACAAUCGCAAUAACACCUGCCUCCAAAUUGAACACGUCGGCCACGCAUAUCACAACUACCAGCAAUGGAUAACCCAAUGGAGCCAGCUAGUAACCAGCAAGAAUGAAACCUCAAGCCAACUCCAAAAGCGCCCACCGCCAACAGGCUCACUCUGGGACAACACCACAGUAACAGGCAGCUGGAUCAACAUCCAAGACAUGUCCACACUCUCCAAGAAACACGACCGAAUGAUCAACAACAUAACAAUGGCAAUGCCGCACGGCGGCAUCCCCUUCGCAGCAAUGAACUCCAAAAACAAACUCAAACAACCCACAGACAACUCCGGCGAAGGAAAAUACAACAUCGAAGCCUCCGUCCCCUCACCAGCCGUCAACGUCCUCUGCACAGGAAUGACAAAAGAGGAUCUCAGCCCCCUAGUCUAUGCCUCCUGGCCCGGCGGCAACAAAUUCAACUCGACAACCUGGAAUUUCUCACCCCCAAAAGACAUCCCCCACCCUGCAGACUGGGAAAACAACACAGUCGUCGACUCACUUUUCGAAUUCGGACCAAAAUAUGGCCAAAUCCGACCCAUUUUCGGAAAAUACCCACUCCCAUACAACACAAUCCUCAACACAACAGGUGUCUGGCCCGCAAACGCCAUCUACCUCCUCGGCGCAACCAACAACACCGAUAUGCCAGAGUACGUGAUGUGCUCUUUGCGCGGGAAACAAACAGGCAUGUGCUCGACCAAGUACUCCGCUGACAGGAGCGGCGCAUACCUCAGCACGGACUGCGAGAACGCCUCAAAUGAUCUACAAUACAACCGACGACAAGAGGACGCCUCCGAGGGCCUGUGGGACGCGAACUGGAAGAAUAUCGCGUCGGAGUGGGCGAAUUCGCUCAGCUUAAAUGGCGGUAUUUCAGAUGGCGCGGCGAGCAAUGCCAGACUGCUUAUGCAAAUGAUGCCGCGGUAUGACAAGACCGAGGAAACCUUCGAGCUGGACCCGGUUCUACCGUCUAUCGCCGAGGCGUUGGCGGUAAUGGCUGGGAGUACUCUUAUCCUCAGUUCGCAGGAUGCGCCGUUCGUUCCGUUUUGGAACUACAGUACUGGGAGUGUUCUUUCCGAGCCUGUUUAUCAGAUUUUCAAUGCUUCUAUCCAGGCUGUGGGAUAUGCAUCCGGUGGGACGGAGGAGUGGCAGGGGGUUUUCUACGUGAUUCUUGUUUUCGCGUUCCUGACCAGCGCUAUCUGUCUCGGGUUUAUGAUUGUCGAGGCGCGAGGUCGACAAGUGACUGAUUUCACGGAGCCGCAGAAUUUGUUCGCGCUUGCUGUGAAUAGUCCGCAGACGACGCAGUUGGAGGGUGCUUGUGGGUGUGGACCUCAGGGGACGCAGUUGAAGGAGAGGUGGUUUAUCGGGAUGGAGGAGGAUGAUGAGCAUUAUUACAUUCGGAGUAAGACGGAGGAGAAGAUUCCGCUUCUUCGGAAGACGGUGGAUUCGACGCAUCUGGAGCCGAUGGAGAUUGAGGAUGGGGGUGGGAGGUUGCUCAGUCCUAUGGUUGAUGAGUUUAGGAAGGUCUCGAAGAGGCAUUCGUUUUUGGCGAAGCUCUAUUGA